UUAACAUUUUCUCCUUCUCUCUCCUCUUCUUCAUUCUCCGCCUCUUUUGACCCAGUCACUCAAUUUUUCUCCCUUUUCUUAUUUCCCCCAAACUUUUCUUUUUCCUUUCAAAAACACCCAAAAUCAAAUCAAUUUCAAGAACUUCUCACAAUCGGAACCAAAUUUCUCCAGUUUUUCUUCUCAAUUCUUCUUCCGCCUCUAAAUUUAGCGGAUCCAGCUGCUAAAUUUAGAGGGAAAAUUGAACAAAAUUAAAUUAAAUUGAAUCAGUGAGUAGAAAAGUUGAGGGAGAGUAAAAAAAAAUUCAAUUAGGGUUUUGAAAGAUGAUGAUAUCUAGAGGCUUGUUCGGGUGGUCGCCACCGCAUAUACAGCCGUUAACGCCGGUAUCGGAGGUUUCCGAGCCACCGGAGUCGCCGUCGCCUUACUUAGACACGAGUGCUGAGGCGGCGGCGGCUGCAGCUGCUAUGGCGCAGGCGGAGGCGGAGGCGGAAGAGAUGGAGGAGGCGGAGGAGAUGGAACCGCCGCCGGCAGCUGUUCCGUUCUCGAGAUUGUUUGCUUGUGCUGAUAAUCUUGAUUGGGGGUUGAUGAUAGUUGGUUCGGUUGCUGCUGCUGCUCAUGGAACUGCUCUUGUUGUUUACUUGCAUUAUUUUGCUAAGAUUAUUCAGGUUAUGAAGGUUCCACCUGAUGAGCAAUUUGAUCGGUUUAAAGAUCUUGCUUUUACUAUUGUUUACAUAGCCAUUGGUGUUUUCGCAGCUGGUUGGGUUGAGGUAUCAUGCUGGAUUUUAACUGGAGAACGUCAGACUGCUGUUAUCAGGUCAAACUAUGUUCAUGUAUUACUUAAUCAGGACAUGAGCUUUUUUGACACAUAUGGGAACAAUGGUGACAUAGUAAGUCAAGUAUUGAGUGAUGUGCUGCUUAUUCAGUCUGCUCUUAGUGAAAAGGUGGGAAACUAUAUUCAUAACAUGGCAACAUUUUUUAGUGGUCUUGUUAUUGGAUUUGUCAACUGCUGGCAGAUUGCGCUUAUAACAUUAGCCACUGGUCCUUUCAUUGUUGCUGCUGGAGGCAUUUCAAAUAUAUUCCUUCACAGACUUGCUGAGAGUAUUCAAGAUGCCUAUGCGGAAGCUGCUAGUAUAGCCGAACAGGCGGUCUCUUAUAUUAGGACCUUGUAUGCAUUCACAAAUGAAACUUUGGCAAAGUAUUCUUAUGCAACUUCACUACAAGCAACUCUGAGAUAUGGUAUUUUGAUUAGUCUUGUGCAAGGACUUGGGCUUGGGUUUACAUAUGGGCUGGCAAUAUGUUCUUGUGCAUUGCAACUAUGGGUUGGAAGAUUCCUUGUAACUCACCAAAAAGCUCAUGGUGGGGAAAUCAUAACUGCACUGUUUGCUGUAAUUCUGAGCGGCCUUGGGCUGAAUCAAGCAGCAACGAACUUCUAUUCAUUUGACCAAGGAAGAAUUGCUGCUUAUAGGCUUUAUGAGAUGAUAAGCCGAUCGUCCUCCACAGUCAAUCAAGAUGGGAACACUCUAGUCUCAGUGCAAGGAAAUAUCGAGUUUCGGAAUGUUUAUUUUAGCUAUCUGUCUCGUCCUGAGAUUCCCAUCUUAAGUGGGUUUUACCUUACUGUACCUGCUAAAAAAGCUGUGGCACUUGUUGGAAGAAAUGGCUCUGGAAAAAGUAGCAUUAUCCCCCUCAUGGAGCGGUUUUAUGACCCUACUUUGGGAGAAGUACUUUUAGAUGGAGAGAACAUUAAAAACCUGAAAUUGGAAUGGCUCAGAAGCCUAAUAGGACUAGUUACCCAGGAGCCUGCCUUGCUAAGUUUGAGUAUAAGAGAUAAUAUUGCUUAUGGACGAGAUGCUACUUUGGAUCAGAUUGAAGAAGCUGCCAAAAUAGCACAUGCACAUACAUUCAUCAGCUCACUUGAGAGAGGCUAUGAAACACAGGUGGGUAGAGCUGGUCUAUCAUUGACAGAGGAACAGAAAAUUAAACUUUCUAUUGCUAGAGCGGUGCUUUUGAAUCCAACGAUUCUUCUACUUGAUGAGGUCACCGGUGGACUUGAUUUUGAAGCUGAACGAGCUGUUCAGGAGGCUCUAGAUCUUCUCAUGUUGGGACGAUCCACCAUAAUUAUUGCUCGGCGUCUUAGUCUUAUUAGGAAUGCUGAUUAUAUAGCUGUAAUGGAGGAAGGUCAGCUUGUUGAAAUGGGAACACACGAUGAAUUGCUGAACUUAGAUGGUCUAUAUGCAGAGCUUCUCAAAUGUGAAGAAGCGGCAAAACUUCCAAGGAGGAUGCCAGCUAGAAACUACAUGGAGACUGCUGCAUUCCAAAUUGAAAAGGAUUCUUCUGCUGGUCACAGCUUCCAAGAACCUUCUUCCCCCAAAAUGAUGAAAUCACCCUCUCUUCAAAGAGUUCCUUGUGUAUCACGGCCUCUAGAUGGUAACUUCAACUCUCAAGAAUCGCCAAAAGUUCCAAGUCCGCCACCGGAGAAUAUGAUGGAAAAUGGUCUCCCCCUUCAUGGAACUGAGAAGGAACCGUCCAUAAGAAGACAAGAUAGUUUUGAAAUGCGACUACCAGAGUUACCCAAGAUUGAUGUCCACUGUACUCAACGACAAAAAUCAAACGGAUCAGAUCCUGAAUCACCUGUAUCGCCUCUUUUGAUUUCUGAUCCCAAAAAUGAGCGCUCUCACUCACAGACUUUUAGUCGACCCCAUAGUCACUCAGAUGAUAUCCCAACUAAAUUCAAGGAUGCAAAGGACACCAAGAAUCGGGAAGCGCCUUCAUUUUGGAGGCUUGCAGAGCUUAGUUUUGCAGAGUGGCUAUAUGCUGUGCUAGGAAGCAUUGGUGCUGCUAUAUUUGGAUCCUUCAAUCCACUACUUGCUUAUGUUAUUGCAUUGAUAGUGACUGCCUAUUAUAGGCCCGAUCGCCAUCACUUGCAGGAGGAUGUAGACAAGUGGUGCUUGAUAAUUGCUUGCAUGGGUGUAGUAACUGUAAUUGCAAACUUCUUGCAACAUUUCUAUUUUGGUAUUAUGGGUGAAAAAAUGACUGAGCGAGUCCGGCGAAUGAUGUUCUCAGCAAUGCUGCGUAAUGAAGCUGGAUGGUUUGAUGAAGAGGAUAACAGUGCCGACACAUUAUCCAUGCGGUUGGCAAAUGAUGCUACGUUUGUGCGAGCGGCUUUUAGCAACCGACUUUCAAUAUUUAUACAGGACAGUGCUGCUGUUCUCGUGGCUGUUAUCAUUGGCAUGUUCCUUGAAUACCGAUUGGCUCUUGUGGCACUGGGAACAAUACCAGUUCUCAUGAUAUCUGCAAUUGCACAGAAGCUGUGGCUUGCUGGAUUUUCAAGAGGCAUACAGGAGAUGCACAGGAAAGCAUCAUUGGUUCUUGAGGAUGCUGUUAGAAACAUCUACACUGUUGUAGCAUUCUGUGCUGGUAAUAAAGUGAUGGAGCUCUACAGGCUACAACUGAAGAAAAUUUUCAAGCAAAGUUUCUUACAUGGAAUGGUCAUUGGUUUUGGGUUUGGCUUCUCACAGUUUCUUCUAUUUGCUUGUAAUGCCCUACUUCUGUGGUACACCGCAUAUUGUGUAAAUAAAAACUAUGUGGAGCUCCCUACGGCUAUCAAAGAGUAUAUGGUUUUCUCGUUUGCAACUUUUGCAUUAGUUGAGCCUUUUGGAUUGGCUCCAUAUAUUCUCAAACGGCGGAAAUCUCUCAUUUCAGUUUUUGAAAUUAUAGAUAGAGUACCCAAGAUUGACCCAGAUGAGAAUUCAGCAUUGAAGCCCCCUAAUGUCUAUGGGAGCAUCGAGUUAAAAAAUGUUGACUUCUGUUAUCCUACUCGCCCAGAAGUCUUGGUGUUGAGCAACUUCAGUCUUAAAGUUAAUGGUGGACAAACUAUAGCUGUGGUAGGAGUUUCAGGGUCUGGUAAGAGCACUAUUAUCUCUUUAAUGGAGAGAUUUUACGAUCCAGUUGCUGGUCAGGUUCUACUCGAUGGACGAGAUUUGAAACUUUACAAUUUGAGAUGGCUAAGGAGCCAUCUAGGUCUUGUUCAGCAAGAACCUAUUAUAUUCUCAACAACAAUUAGAGAAAAUAUCAUAUAUGCUAGGCACAAUGCUAGUGAAGCCGAGAUGAAAGAGGCUGCGAGAAUAGCAAAUGCUCAUCAUUUUAUUAGCAGCCUACCUCACGGUUAUGACACGCAUGUGGGAAUGAGGGGUGUAGACCUGACACCUGGACAGAAACAGAGAAUUGCAAUUGCACGAGUAGUACUGAAGAACGCACCCAUCUUGUUAUUGGAUGAAGCGAGUUCGUCGAUUGAGUCGGAAUCUAGUAGGGUUGUGCAAGAGGCUCUGGAUACACUGAUUAUGGGAAACAAAACAACCAUUCUGAUAGCUCAUAGAGCUGCAAUGAUGAGGCAUGUUGACAAUAUUGUUGUUCUAAAUGGUGGCCGGAUCGUAGAGGAAGGGACCCACGAUACAUUGCUGGCGAAAAAUGGUUUGUACGUCAGAUUGAUGCAACCCCAUUUCGGGAAGGGUUUGAGACAGCAUCGACUCUUAUAGGUUGGAUGUGACAUUUGGGUUCAAUUCUGUUGAUACCCUUCGGAAUUUGUAAAGUAUAUCCCAGAGCAGGCAAGUGCAACUGAGAACAAUGAUGAGGCUUGUAACAAUAUUCUUAUGUGCAAAUGUGCAAAUGGCGGCAGCGACAGUUAUAUUCUUUGAAUGUAGGGUGUAGAAAUAGGUACUUCGGAGCUUUGGUUGGCCAUUGAGGACAUGCUCUCAGGGCUGGAUAUAUUCUUUAUGGAGACAAGCAUAUAUCGUCUUGUUGUCUUCAUGGCGUAUUGAUUUGUUCAUUGAUCAGAAAUCGGAUUGGCGAGGAGGUAAUUCUAGCCCUAACGAGAUGUGCUAUUUGGGUUUUGUCUUCUCUUUCUCCCUUUGAUUUGCUAGAUAGUUUCUUCUUUUGGGUUUUUUUCGGGUUUCUUAUGGAUUAAUGUAACUUGGACAAAGCUUGGAUGAUGAAUGUGUUCCAUACUGUAAAUUUUUGCAUUUGUGAAAAACAUUAGGAAGUUUUAGAAGAGGAAAAAAGAGGUGGAGGGCAUUUGUUGUAAUCUUCCUUUGUAAAUAACCACGUGGAUAAUUUAUUUAGCUUUUAACUUUUGCCAAUCUUAA